GCUGAAGUGCUGAACAAUAAACAAACACCUUAAUUCUGAUAUAUAUAUGCAGCACAACCAAGUUACAGAGAUAUAAGAUACCUCUCCUCACUCCAAGAAACAUCACAUGGAAGAGUCCACAUUAUUCUAAUGGUUUUGCUAGCUUAGACACAAAGAAGCAUCUUAGGUGUGGUGGGGUGGUGCUCUUCUGCUGCUGCUGCUGCAGAUUUUCUGAUCUCAAGGCAUUAAAUUUUAUUUUAGUUUAUUGGUUUGUGCUAUCUUUUAACCUUUGUUUACAAAAGUGUUAGACUAGGGGAAUGAGAAGAAGUGAUACUCCUCUUUGAGUUUGAGUUCGAAGCAAGAAAGCACACCACCACAUACACUCACAAUAUUCACUGAAGUAGAGGGAAGGUUGAGGGUAGAGUGCAAAACCCAAUGACUCAAACCCAAGGAGAAAAGUUUGGAAUUUGAGGCAAAUGUUUCAUGGUUUCAAUUCAAUGCUGAGCUCGAGGCAAUCCUUCUACACCUCUUCCUUGUCCUCAUCACUAUUAUGUAUCAUUCUUCUCCAAGCUAAUCUUCUCUAUGGCCUUGCCUUCUCUGCUAACCAUGAAGCCUCAACUCUCUUCUCAUGGCUCCAUAGUUCUUCUUCAUCAUCACCACCCCCUCCAUCUUUCUCUAACUGGAAUAUUCUUGAUAACAAUCCAUGCAACUGGACCUGUAUUACAUGCUCCUCACUAGGCUUUGUCACUGAAAUCAACAUACAAUCCACCCCUCUUGAGCUUCCCGUACUUUUCAAUCUCUCUUCAUUCCCCUUUCUUCACAAGCUUGUAAUUUCUGAUGCCAAUCUCACUGGAACCAUCCCAGUUGACAUUGGUGAUUGCUCUGCUCUCUAUGUUAUUGACCUGAGCUCCAACAAUCUUGUUGGUUCUAUUCCUGCAAGCAUUGGCAAACUCCAGAAACUGGAGAAUUUGUCUUUGAACUCUAACCAGCUUACUGGGAAAAUUCCAGAUGAGAUAAGCAACUGCAUUAGUCUGAAAAAUCUUCUCCUUUUUGAUAAUCAGCUAGAUGGGACUCUCCCACCUUCUCUGGGAAAGUUGUCAAAACUUGAGGCUCUCAGAGCAGGAGGAAACAAAGGUAUAGUUGGAGAAAUCCCUGAAGAGCUUGGAGAAUGCAGAAAUUUGACUGUGUUGGGGUUGGCUGAUACAAGAAUAUCAGGUUCUUUGCCUGCUUCUUUGGGUCAGCUUAGAAAGCUUCAAACUUUGUCAAUCUAUACCACUAUGCUAUCUAGUGAAAUUCCACCAGAGUUAGGUAAUUGUUCUGAACUUGUUGACUUGUUCCUAUAUGAAAAUAGCCUAUCAGGGUCUAUUCCACCUGAGCUUGGCAAGUUAAAAAAGCUGGAGCAGUUGUUUCUAUGGCAGAAUAGUCUUGUGGGAGCUAUCCCAGAAGAGAUUGGUAACUGUUCAAGCUUGAGGAAUAUUGACCUCUCUUUGAAUUCUCUAUCUGGAACUAUACCUUUGUCUUUGGGGGGUCUUUUAGAGCUUGAAGAGUUCAUGAUUAGUGAUAACAAUGUGUCUGGCUCUAUACCAUCAAGUCUCUCAAAUGCUAAAAGUCUUCAACAGUUGCAAGUUGACACAAACCAGCUCUCAGGCUUGAUUCCACCAGAGCUUGGGAAGUUGGAAAAUCUAUUAGUGUUCUUUGCUUGGCAGAACCAGCUUGAAGGAAGCAUUCCUUCAACUUUGGGAAACUGCAGCAAUUUACAAGCGCUGGACUUGUCUCGCAACGCGCUCACUGGUAGCAUCCCUGGUGGCCUAUUUCAGCUCCAAAACCUCACAAAGCUACUUCUCAUUUCCAAUGACAUAUCAGGUUUUAUACCAUCAGAAAUAGGAAGCUGCAGCUCACUCAUAAGGUUGAGGCUUGGAAACAACAGGAUCACGGGCAGCAUACCUAAGACAAUUGGCGGCCUCAAAAGCCUGAACUUCUUAGAUCUCUCCGGGAACCGCCUCUCCGGGCCAGUGCCUGAUGAGAUUAGAACCUGCACAGAACUGCAAAUGAUAGACUUCAGCAGCAACAGCUUAGAAGGUCCACUUCCAAAUUCUUUGUCAUCACUGUCUUCACUGCAGGUACUAGAUGCAUCUUCAAACAAAUUCUCAGGUUCCGUACCGGCGAGUUUAGGCCGUCUUGUUUCUUUAAAUAAGCUAAUCCUAGAGAAUAACUUAUUCUCUGGAACCAUUCCUGCAUCCCUUAGCAUGUGCUCAAAUCUCCAACUACUUGAUCUCAGUAGCAACCAACUCACUGGAAGCAUACCAGCAGAGCUUGGCCAUAUAGAGACACUAGAAAUUGCUCUUAAUCUUAGUUGCAAUUCACUUAGUGGAGCAAUCCCAGAUCAGAUAUCUUCUCUCAACAAGCUUUCCAUACUUGACCUUUCACAUAAUCAAUUAGAAGGAGAUUUGCAACCACUUGCUGAGCUUGAUAACCUUGUCUCCCUCAAUGUUUCUUAUAACAAAUUAAGCGGAUACCUACCAGAUAACAAGCUUUUCAGGCAGUUAUCAUCGAAAGACCUCACUGGAAAUCAAGGGCUAUGCAAUUCAGGUGAAGACUCAUGCUUUGUAAAGGAUUCUGCCAAGGAUGAUAUGAAAUUGAAUGGAAAUGAUGCAAGGAAGUCACAGAAGCUCAAAAUAACCAUUGGAUUGCUGAUAGCCUUAGCAGUGAUAAUGUUAGUUAUGGGGGUAACUGCUGUGGUCAAAGCAAAGAGAACAAUCAGAGAUGAUGAUUCAGAAUUAGGAGACUCAUGGCCUUGGCAAUUCAUACCAUUCCAGAAGCUAAGUUUUUCAGUUGAACAAAUUCUAAGAUGCUUAGUUGAUAGGAAUAUAAUUGGGAAGGGAUGUUCCGGUGUUGUUUAUCGCGCUGAAAUGGAUACUGGUGAAGUCAUUGCAGUGAAGAAACUAUGGCCAAUAACAAAUGAUGCUGCAGUGGAUGUUUUCAAGGAAGAUAAAAGUGGAGUUCGCGAUUCGUUCUCAGCUGAGGUGAAGGCCCUUGGCUCGAUUCGGCACAAGAACAUUGUCAGGUUCUUGGGUUGUUGUUGGAACAGGAGAACAAGGUUGCUUAUCUUUGAUUACAUGGCAAAUGGAAGUUUAAGCAGUUUACUUCAUGAGAGGAGUGGGAAUUCUCUAGAAUGGGAACUCAGGUACAGAAUCUUGUUAGGUGCUGCAGAAGGUUUGGCUUAUCUGCACCAUGACUGUGUCCCUCCUAUAGUCCACAGAGAUAUUAAAGCCAAUAACAUCCUCAUUGGCCUUGAAUUUGAACCUUACAUUGCUGACUUUGGCUUGGCUAAGCUGGUUGAUGAUGGUGAUUUUGGUCGUUCUUCCAAUACAGUUGCUGGUUCCUAUGGAUAUAUUGCUCCAGAAUAUGGCUACAUGUUGAAGAUCACAGAGAAGAGUGACGUUUACAGCUAUGGUGUGGUGUUGCUGGAAGUCUUGACAGGUAAGCAACCAAUUGAUCCAACCAUACCAGAUGGUCUACAUGUUGUUGAUUGGGUGAGACAGAAAAGGGGUAUUGAAGUGCUUGAUCCAAGCUUACUCUCUAGACCAGAAUCAGAAAUAGAGGAAAUGAUGCAGGCACUGGGAAUAGCCUUGUUGUGUGUGAAUUCAUCCCCUGAUGAGAGGCCAACAAUGAGAGAUAUAGCCGCAAUGCUCAAGGAGAUAAAGCAUGAGAGGGAGGAAUAUGCAAAAUUUGAUGUGCUUCUAAAAGGGUCUCCUGCAAAUAGAAGCUGUGGAGGUGGUGGUGGAGUUCUGGCAACAUCUUCAUCAGUAUCAAGAAGCAACAACACAAGCUUCUCUGUGUCUUCUCUGCUUCAUUCAUCUUCAAGUGCCAACCUGAGUUUCAAAUGAUGAAUUGAAUAUUUAAGGAGAGUAUAAGCUUCUUAUUCAUGUCACUUGCUUUCUCAGUGAUCCUUCUGAUAUUGUUUUUAUGUGAUUGUAAAGUUUGUUAUAGCUGAGUUGAAAUCAACAAAUAGAUCCAACCAGAAACUACAAGUGUGGUUUUCUGAGUGUCGUUAAUAUUUAUUCAAAUCAAAAUAGUGUGUACUUACUGUUUCCUAAGUUCUGUCAGCACAACAAUAAAAUCAGGCCAGAAUUAGAAAAGGUGAGUGAUUGAAGUGGUCUUCUGUUUGGAUUUGAAAACUUUGUUUUAAGAUUAUUUAUCAUCGUGCUUCUAGCAUUUUUAUUUUUA